ACUUUUGUUUUUUCUUCACACACCACCGAAUUGUUCUUCCAAAAUUUUUUUGAAAUUAGGGUUUAAGGUUUCGUACCGGAAAUGGCAACACCAGCAGCGGCGGCGGCGGCACCAAGUACGGCAGCUACUUCCGAGAAGAAGAAGCCUGUUUUCGUCAAAGCGGAAAGCUUAAAGCCAGGGACACAUGGACACAACUUGACUGUUAAGGUUGUUGAUUCGAAUGCCGUCAAAGCCACCGGCGGUGCCAACCGAGGUGGUAGAUCAUCGGCGUCGUUAAAUCCUCGUGGUCCGGUGCGUCUCGCCGAGUGCCUUGUCGGUGAUGAAACCGGGUGCAUCCUCUUCACUGCUCGUAAUGAACAGGUUGAUAUGAUGAAGCCUGGGUCGACUGUCAUUCUGCGAAAUGCAAAGAUAGAUAUGUUCAAGGGUGCCAUGCGACUUGCAGUAGACAAAUGGGGUCGUGUUGAGGUUACUGAACCAGCUGAUUUUGAUGUUAACCAGGAGAACAACCUUUCUUUAGUCGAGUAUGAACUGGUUAACGUGGAAGAGUAGACAGGCUCAAGGGAAAUGAUAGUUUGAAGUUACAGUCGAAUUCUUGUUCUCAAUGUGAAUUAUUAUUAUGCAUCUCUGGAAUUUCCUUGGAUUAAUGAGCAAAGAUGCCCAUAUUUUUUAGCUCAUCAUGAUCCAAUGGCAUCAACAUCAUAUGAUGGUGUUGCUUUGCUCACUUGGUUGGUUAACUAGUUUUAAAGCGUGCGAUUUUUACUUUUCAGUCAUUUCCCUUGUUGUAUGAGGUAAAAACAACUUGCUAAGAAUGGGUAUCUAUUAUGUCUUUGUAUUUCUAACUUUUUUGUUACACAUAACUUGUGCUAUAAAAGAAGCUGACUAUUAUGUAUCAA